AAAUAUUGUCAAAAAUUAGGUGCCUAGUGAUAAUUAGAAAUUUGAUUGCAAAUGGAAACGUAACUUUAUUAUCCCAUUCCAAUCCCACCUCAUCAGCAAACCUUCACCAAUAAAAAUGCGUCCAUCCUCAUUGGCAUGGCGGCUUCUAUGAGAGAUCUGAAUCUGACCCGACGAAUAAUCACAUCAACACCCACUUUUCAAAUCCCCGUCUCCUUUUUUCCGAUUACAAUCAAUAAUUCUCAACGACAACAUCGUAUGGCCACCAAGAACGAUCAAUCUCAAGAAUCGACAGCUUCCCUAAACGUAGACAACAAGACUCAAGAAAAGGAAAAACUAGAAAGAAAAUUGCCAACGCCGCCGCCGCCUCCUCCGCCGCCGGAGAAGCCGGAGCCUGGGGACUGUUGCGGGAGUGGAUGCGUGAGGUGUGUGUGGGAUGUUUAUUAUGAGGAGCUUGAGGAGUAUGAUAAGCUAUACAAGGAUUCUAAUUCAUCUGAUUCUAAGCCGCCUUCUUAGCACUUUGUAUUGUUGUUUCGAGUUCAUAAUUUUCCGAUGUGAUUUAUUGAAUUUGAGAUUGUUUGUGAAAAAUUUCCAUUAGUGAUGGAUUGAUCUUCUCAUGAAAAGAGAAGAGAAGACAACGCACAUACCCUUGAGCCUUUCUAUCUAAUUAAUUUUAUUUAAUAUCGCAUUGUGCAA